GGGAUUAUUAAGGUCUAAUGACAAGGACGAGGACAUCCAUUGGUUGAUUGAUUCAACAGUUGACCUUAUAUACUCGAGCAGAAUCAGAUGUGAUGGUACGGGCUGGAUCUGAGGGUCUCAGGACACUCUCUAAAUGGCACGGGUUUGCGAACCAACGAUUGGAGCGAAAUUUGAAUCGAGAUGAUUCUGGUAGAGGUACUCCAGGUACUUUCUCUGUACAAUAUCUUAGGCAAGAAAAGAAAUCGACUUCCAAACACAAGGAUUGGUUUGCUGGGUAAGACUGGACAAAGAUUGGAAGCUCUGGUAAUCCUUAACGUCAAGAUGUUUCUUUCGGAAGAAUAUUUCACUAGAAAUUCUCUAUCUGCAUGGAGAGUACAAUAGGCCAGCUUCGCGAAAAUCCUCAAUAAUGAUAGGUUCAUGAUUUAAAUCUUGUGUGAGG